AUGGAUAAAAAUAUUCCCAAAAAUUUAGAAGUUUUCGAUGAUCCAACUCAAGAAGGUGACAUUGCUAUAGAUAUGAAUGAAAAUGAAGCUGAAAAUAAGAAAAGAUUUGAUGAUAAUAAAGACGUUUAUUAUGUUCCAAUACCUCGAUUAGUUUCUGAGGAAAAUUUUAUGAAUUUAACUAAAUCAUUACCAUUAUAUCAUUGUGUGAUGGGUGGUGCUGGUGUUGAAUCAACGAAAGUUUUACUAUGUGCGCCAACAGGAAAAGCAGCAUUCGAAAUAAAAGGAACUACAUUACACGCAGCUUCUAUACUUCCAUUAAAUCAGUGUUCAACAGACCUUAUUUCAUUGAGCAGUGGUACUCGAAAUACGUUGUAUGCAAAAUUAAAAGACCUUAGUUUAAUUAUAUUUGAUAAAAUAAGCAUAGUCGGUUCAAGGAUGAUUCAACAAGUUGAUAGUCGGUUGAAGCAGAUUUUUCAAUCUUCAAAACCUUUUGGUGGAAUAUCAGUAAUUGUUUUAGGUGAUUUUAAUCAAUUAGCUCCUGUCGGUGAUAGAUAUAUUUUUCAAGCUCAUUCAAUGGAUUUCUAUGGAGAUAUAAUUGGUAAUCCUUUAUGGAAUUUAUUUACGAGUUAUCAAUUGACAGAAAUAAUGUGGCAGAAGGAUGAUUUUAAAUUCGCUGAAGCUCUUAAUAAUUUAGCUGGUAGAACAUUAUCUAAAAAUGAUUUGAAACUUUUUGAAUCUAGAAUAGUACAUAAUGACGAUCAUAUUCCGAAAGAUGCAAUACAUUUAUUUCAUGUUCUCAGAAAAAAUGUUAUUGCAAUUGAUAUAAUUACGGGAACUUGCUCGAAUAAAAUGGAACAAAAUUUAAUUGAUUAUUGUAAAAAUAUAGUAGCUAAAGAUGCAAAAGGAUUACCUUCUAAUUUAUCAUUAAGCUUGGGUGUUAAAUAUAUGUUGACUAUAAAUAUUGAUGUUGAAGACGGACUUGUCAAUGGUGCAGUUG